AUGGAAGAGACUAGGCAACUACAUCCUGCUGCUUUAUCUUAUAUAAUAAGACAAGUAUUAUUAUAUACAAAAGGAUGUCGUUUGGCUCAUCCGACUCUUCCUCACACCCUUUCCCCUAAACCCAGCAAAAACUCUAAUAAGUCUAAUUGCUUUACAUGGGGGAAACAAGUAUCCACUUCUUCUCGGGGUUUCCAUUACCACUGCACCAUCUGCCAAGUGGAUUUCCAUGAGGAAUGUGUAAAAAUUCCAAGAAAAAUAUUACAUCCUUUUCACCUCCAACACCCUCUUUUUUUAACCUAUGGAAAGCAUGAAAGUGUCACAGACGGUAGCAAUAUAAGCGACCUAGGCCCUUGUGAAGCUCCUGCGCUCAACUCCGACUCCAGCACAUCGGGUACUCCUGGUAAGUCUCGAUGGGGUAACAUAUUUGAUAACUGUACUUGGUGUGGGAAUUACAUACCAACACCAAGUUCACAUCCAAGAAUGACAGUUUUCUAUCGGUGUUCUGUCUGUAACUUUUGUUUGGAUACCAUGUGCACACAAAGCAAACCACCUCUUACUAUUGAAAACCCAAAAGGCCAUCACUAUUCACUCGCCCUUUUCCCCCGUCCACUCUUAGUUCCUUGUGAUGCGUGUGGAUUGGUCAAUGCGUCUGAAGCAAGUUAUGCUUGUUUCCAGUGUAAUUAUAUGGUCCAUCAACAUUGUGUUGAUUCACCACGCGUCAUAAAGAUCACGCGUCAUCCUCAUCGUCUCUCUUAUUCUCCUUACCUUCCACCCCCAAAGUCAUUAUGUCGGGUCUGUUACAAGAGCGUCGACAUUAAAUACGGUCAAUAUUCUUGUAAAGACGAGGGUUGCUCUUACGUACUUCACACGAAAUGUGCAACACAUGUGAUGACAUGGGACGGAAAAGAACUCGAAUGGGAACCAGAAGAAACCGGUGACACUGAAGAUAUUUCAUCAUUCAAGAAGGUAGGUGAUGGUUUGAUAGAACAUUUUAGUCAUGGACAUCAUCUAAAGCUCGAGAAGUAUGAUAGUGCACGAGACGCAAGGAAGCAAUGCGAGGCGUGUGUCCUUCCUAUCCACAUGCAUGAUUUCUACAACUGUGUGCAAUGUGAAUUCUUUCUCCACGUUGUGUGUGCUGCUCUACCAAAGAAAGUGGAUCAUGCAUUACACAAUCAUUCUAUUAUCCUCGACCCAUCUCCCCUACCCAAAGACCGUCAACUGCAGUGUUCAGCAUGUUCUCGAAUAUCCAGUGGUUUCAGGUAUAGGUGCACUAAAAAAGAUUGCCAGAUUAAUUGGUUCAAGAUAGAUGUUUGCUGCUUCUUAAUUCCUGAGUAUAGCAUCAACAAAGUCCAUGAACAUCCUCUAUUCAUCGCUCCAUUCAAUUACGACUAUGAGCCUUUUCGCUGCAAUGGUUGUAAGAGAGGGCUUACCAAGAAUCGUCUACAAUGUAGUGCUCUCUGCGAGUUUUCCAUUUGUUACGAAUGCGUUACGAUUCCAAAUGAGUUACACUAUAAAUUCGAUGAACAUCCUCUCACUCUUUGCUAUGGAGAAGACACGGACGGCAAGUAUUGGUGUGAAGAAUGCGAAAAGGAAGUGAAUCCCGCAGAAUGGUUUUACACGUGCAACAAAUGUUAUCGGAAUUGCUUAUUCGGAUUCUACGUUUACCUGAAGCCUCGUUCUACUUUCAAAUGUAAUUUCCCAGACGUAGUGGAAGUUUUUGGAAAUAAGAGUAGCACUCGACCUAUUUGCAGUCGGUGUGAGGAUCGCUGUCGGGGUUCCACUUACUUCAAAGUCGACGUGAGGACUCUUUGUUCUUGGUGUCUUUUAAUAAGUCGAUAGAAAGUGUGUUUUACCAGUUUAUUCUAUCUAUGAUGCAUUGCAUCUUUACUCUCUUUGAUUACUAGCUUGCACCUU